AUGGUGUUGUGUGAAGUAUACUCAUGGAACAAUGGAUCGGGCAAGAAAUCUAAGACCGAGAGUCUUCCAACACCCCCUUGGACGCCACGGAAGCGCCGUUUCGACCUGGAGCUCGUGUCUCCAACUCCUGAGCCAGGCUCGCCAAUAUUCUGGGUCGUAGGUCAGGGUGGCUUCGGAACGCUGGGUGUACUACCGAAGGAGGUUCGCCAAAUUGUAUUCGCGUAUAUGCUCAAAGCAGGUCUGUCCAUACCUGUCAAGGAAUGCUGCGGCCCGGAUGCAACAACAAGGGAGCGGGAUUCUUGCAGGAGGCAUGGAAGUGGCAAGACCAUCAUCGACGGAAGGUUCGACAUCUUGCAGGUCUCCAAAGCCAUCAACCACGAGGCUUCAUGGGUCCUCUACAACUGCAUCCAGCUCGAAAUCAGCGUCAGCCGGUCUCUGAAGCCCUAUCUCGAUCCCAAUGGUUCGUCUAGAAGCAUCCGCAACUUGGGCAAGUCUGGCCACAAUAGCAGACGCAAGACUGCCAUGUGGGCAACCGCAUCCCGCUUUCGCCGCAUCUUCAUAUUGUUUCCUGAGAACCAUCUCGAAAUCAGCGAUCCCUCUGCACUCACCGGCCACCUCCUCGAAAUCGCAGGCCGGCUUGGAAAAUACUGGAAAGACAGCCACACUAGUCUCGACUCUGAGCCCUCCGUCACACAUUACAUCACCCUCAACAUCGGCAGUCUCUUCCAGCAGAUGGUGCCGUUCAACAUGGAAUCGCAGGCUGAGGAGAAGUACGCAGAGCUUCUGGAAUGGAUACACUUCAACUACCCAAACGAGGAGCCGGACUUCGACACCAUCGCGGCCGACUCACAGAAGCACCUGAAGCGCCUCUUAAAUGUGAUGGGCAUGCACCGCGAACAUGCUCAGUGGACUAUUGCUGCCCAAACUCAGCUGGGCGAAGAAGAUGAGGGUGGUGUGAACGCUCUGCAGACUCUACUCAACGACUGCAUCCAGAACGGGGUGGUUUUUGAGCAUCAGGUCGGCCGAUGA